CUCUGGCAACAGAACAUGGCUGUCAACGGUGCAACCCAUCUCAUCUCCAGAGAAUAUGCCGCAGAUAAACUCACUUCUAAACAGAAAAACAAGGUAAGGAAACCAAUGGUGGAAAAGAUGCGCAGGGACCGCAUCAACAGCAGCAUUAACCAGCUCCGAAAUCUCUUUGAGCAGGAAUUCCAGCUCCUCCAACCUGACUCCAAACCAGAGAAAGCAGACAUCCUGGAAUUAGCUGUAAAGUUCCUCCAGCAAAAGAUUUGCAGCCAACCGCAAAAGAAUAAAGCGUAUCAAAGAAAAGACUAUCGAGACUUUAGUCAAGGCUACACUAAAUGCCUCCAUGAGACACUUGCUUUCCUCUCUUUCCACCAUAUUGAGGAUCAGAUGCAGCUUAAGCUGAUGAAUCAUUUUCACUGCUUGGAUACCCAGCCCAGAAGCACUUCGGUCUCUUCUCCCCAUCACAAGGGACCUGGGCCAGUGCCCAGCACAAAGAUUCUUUGGAGACCGUGGUAGAGGACAAUACUAAACACCCCAGUGUAAAAAGAAGUUGAAGUUAUGUGCAUUUUGAUCUGUGCUACAACUCUUUUGGAUAGUUACGUUCAUGCAUUUACUACUUCAUAAUGAAGACAAUAUACUCAGUACAGAUGGGACUUUAAUUAUGCACUGUAUAUUUUUUAUAAGAAAGUUUAUUUAAAGAGAUAUAUAUUGCUACCCUAGGCUGAACGCAGGCAGGCCGGACUUGCAGCCCUCUGGCAAUUUUGCCCUGAGGAAAACUUGCAAAUUCUGCAAUGGUUUAUCCAUGGCACUUAAGAUAAAGAAUUGAAAUAUAAAAUUGAAUUUUAUGGAAAAGAGUAUGACAAUCAUGAGUAUAUCAGAUACUUCUCUUGAAUGUUCUCAGGAUUUCUACAGUCAUACUGAGUGAGCAGAGUACUUACAUUGUUCUACAAUAUUUGUAGGAUGUCUCUUAGUUAUGGUUUAAUAACUGUGUAUAAAACAAAUGGUUCGUUGUUGGACCUGUGGCAUCGAUUUGUGUUUUUUUUGCACAAGUAAGCUGGAAAUCAGCUAUUGUAAUUAUGAUUCCUAUGCAAAAAAAUAAAGUGGCCUUUGAAUGAA